CCAAGAAGAGCUUUGUCUUUUUCGUACUCGAUUUCUGUGAACACACGCCCCAGGAGGACUUUGAUCCCACAGGCAUUAGAGGCUGAUGGUGAGUCUUCCAUGAUCGUAUCAGUGACGAAGUUGAAGAGGAAAGGUGAAAGAGGACAGCCCUGUCGGAUACCACUUGGUGUAACAAACUUAGGCGAAAGUUCACUAUCUAGUUGGGUUGCAAAACCGCUUACUCGAUUACCGGAGUCUGGGAAUUUCACGCGUACUUUUGUCUGUUUGGCUAGCUUGUCCUGGAUUUCCAAAAGUGCAUGGAUAAACGACCUUUCGGGUAACAUCGGAACUGCUGAGAAGCACGUAUACACCUCGUUUAGAUCCUGGAAUAACUACUGCAUCGUCAUCAUCAUCACCAUCAUCGACAGCAUGACAUCAGUGUUCAACACCUAUGCUUCACUGUCGUACAACCAUGACUUAUUUGAAAGCCUUAUUGUAAAGAAAAGAAUAAAGUGUCUCCAACCAGGCGCAGUGAAGAUCACGCGGUCCCCAUCCUGGAAGGCGAGUAGCACCGACAGAACCCAAGCGUUUCGUGAUCUCCUUCAUACUCCUCUGCCAAGUCAAGGGUUGGCCACCUCUCUAUUUACGCCACUCCGAAUUGGGCAUGGAAAACAGUACUCUCUUCGGCAAACGAUGGCCUCUCAUGGACUCAGUUUCAUCCUCUAUCCUCUCUCUCCCCCUCUAAACAUUCACGUGAUGCAGUUUGAACGAAUCGGUGAUUUCUGGAUCGAAGGCAAAACAGACCCGAAGGGCCCGACUCUUUCCUAUUUUGACUGUUUUUACUUCCUUCUUGUUACCGUGGCAACAGUUGGUUACGGGGAUAUUGUGUGCACCACUUUCAUUGGUCGCGUGGUGAUCAUAAUGGUGAUCAUUGGAGCUCUGGCUGGUUGUGAAGCUUCCAUGAUCGUAUCAAUUGCUAAAUUGAAGAGGAAAUGUGAGAGAGGACAACCCUGUCGGCCACCACUUGAUGUGGUGAACUCAGGUGAGAGUUUCCCGGCCGCGGGGGUUGUGGGUAGCCCGGAUAGCAGUCUGGGUGAACUAAGAGUUCAGUUCCGAUUUGGUUUCAACUUAUUGGUUACAGUUGACCGUGAACAACAAGAUCCAGCUGGUUCCACUGCACCAAUUCCCACCAGUACACAGAAAAGAAACGUGAAGCUCACCCCACCCAAUAUAAUUCAGAUAGGCUUGGCAGAGAACCGCAAUCACUGUUGCGAUUGGCUGAUACGAGAUGUCCGUCUUCUGAACGGUUCCGAUCAGACAAUCCAUCAAGCAGAUGUAUCUUUAGUCGACUCAGAAUUCCACACCACUUGGUUCGAAAAAACCGUGGACUGCACCGCGUCACUUUUGGAGUCUAAAUCUGACAGUACUUUCGCUAGUGUUGACCUUUUGACCUUUGCGCCAGGGUUACAGUCAGGCAUCACGAUGAACCACGCCUUCAUCCAGACCCUA